GUGGCUCAUAUCCUUCCCAAUCCGCUGCAGGCGACAUCCGACGGUAACGAUCUCCGGUUUCUUUCAGCAUCUGCCUGCCGAUGGAGACGGGGACGCUGGCCGGGCAGAUCUACCUCCUCACCCUCCUCAUCUUCAACGGCUCCGCUUUCAUCUUCAUCUGCUUCUGCUACGCCAAGAUGUACGCGACGAUCCGCGCGGCCCGCUCGGGCGGGAACCGCGCCCCCGCGACCCAGAGCACCCGCAACGACCUCCAGAUCGCUAAGCGAAUGAGCCUGCUCGUCUUCACGGACUUCCUCUGCUGGGCCCCCAUCGCCUUCUUCGGUCUCACGGCCCUGAUGGGGAAGCCCCUGCUCUCCGUGUCGCACGCGAAGGUCCUGCUGGUCUUCUUCUACCCCAUCAACGCCACGGCCAACCCGUACAUGUACGCCAUCGUGACGAAACAGUACCGCAGCGAUCUCUACGCCCUUCUGCGCAGGUGCGGAGGCGGCGGAUGGCUCGGGCGCUGCAGAAACAGACGCGCCGACGACAAGCGAAGCACCCCCAACGCGACGGCCACCAACUCCCUGCGCCGAACGAACGUGAUCACGCGACAGGGCGGAGGGUGCAGGGGCGGGAUGAGCACGACCUCCAACAUGACCAUCUUCGUGGAGGUGAACGGAGCCAAGAUCGUCACCGCGAGCACGGUCACCGGCUCUGCCGAGGAGCAGCGACUGCGGGCCGUCGGGAGCUGCAGCGAGAGCAGCAGCGGGGGCAGCCGGACGUCGAGGGGAUCCCCGCAUCCCCUACGAAGCUCCUCUUGCGCCUCUCGGCCCCUCUGCAAGGCCCUGCCCGUCGGCGACCCGGAACCGGGGGUCGACUCGGGGGCCGACUCGGACGACGAAAUCAGUCCUACCUAGACGGUUUUCCUACAUUCCUUCUGUGUGACGUUCUGUCAUCGUCAACUGUAUCGCUUGGGGUGUCCGAGGUGAUGAGACUUUUUUUUCCGACUGGGUCGCCUGUUUGUCAGGAGUAGGA